ACAGCGGUGAGAAGCCGCAGGCCGGAAGCUCAUUGGCCUUUGUGGAAAGGGCGGGAAAGGGAGCGAGCACUGGGUCUUCCCUCAGGCCUCUGGUGCGGAGCCCACUGAUUCCGACCUGCCGAAGGCUGAGAACCAUGGAUCCCAAUGAAAUGCCUGCUGUGCACUGCUGCCCCUCUGACUCCACCAAAGGGCUUGGGACUGGAUUCCCAUGGGGGAUUAAAAUUGUUCCCAGAAGAGCUAUAAUUCUCUGUGCCCGCUGCCACAACCAUGGCAUCACUGACCAAAUCAAGGACCAUGAGCACUGCUGCCUCUUCCAGACCUGCAAGUGUCACAAGUGUGUCCGCUUCUCGCAACACUGCACGGUCUCGCCUGCUGAGAGUGCCUUGAAGAGGGAGCAGAGGGUACACCUAAAGAGGCACCUGGCUCAAGGACUGAUAAGGAGUGGGGCCGCCCCUCCCAAAGCUCACCGCCGUGUCGAGAAGUUGGCCAUCCAAGGAGGAGUCCCCAGCAAGCUCCCAAGGGACUCUGCUGAUUGGUCAGGCCCCAGAAUUUUUGUCUCUAUCCUGGACUCCAGCACCCUUGAAGAAGCAACUAACAAUUUCACUUUCCAGGGAGCCCCACAGGCUCCCUACUCUGCCCAGCACGCACCCAAAGCUUCUGACCGGGACCUGGGUCCUGCCUCCUCAGAGUGGCAGCGGAAGCUGGAGGCGGCCGAGGCUCUGCUGACUCUCAGAUACUCUUCCCAGGCCCCUUCUGGCUCCACCUCCCUGCUGCAGCCCUGUGCUGCACCAGCUCCCGCUGGAGAUCGAGGACUCCAGCCUCCUAGCCCCUCUCCCAGACCCAGGCUGGUCAGCUCCAUUUCUCUGCCUAUUGGACAUCUGGGGUGCAUCUCCCUCUUGAAGUAGAAGCCCAGAGGAGGAGGCCUCGCUAGAGUACUGCUUAUUUAUGCAUUUGCAAAAUGUUUAAUGUCCAAAAUGCUUAACAUCUUUUCGUUAAACCUUCAGGUGCUUUUAUAAGCUUUCAGACCCUUUUUAUUACAUGGGGCAAUUCCUUGGCUGAGGGUGGGUAUUCUUGUACCUCCAUCCCUUACUCCCUUGGAUCCUGGGGCCUUUUUGCGUCUCUUAUAAAAACAGCGUUGUGCAAUCUAAGCCGAUCAGUCUCGAAAUAGGGUUCUGCGUGAGUUCAUACGUUCAUAUGCCAGGGUUUUUGUUUGACUCGUGAUUGCGAACAUACCAGCGCGCUCAUGUACGUACCCACGCAUGUGAAAAUAUGAGGGUGUUUUCAUCUUGUGUCUAGCUUUGUGUGUGUGGGCAAAUAAUAAACCCUUGUUGUUGUAAGGCACUGAGAUAUAGGAGUUGUUUGUGACCACAGUAUAACCUGGACUGUCCUGACUCUAACAGACUUGUUCAAUUCACUUUUCAAAGUGAGACUCACGUUACUCAACAACUGGGAUUUCUCAACAUGUCUAGAUAAGAAAAUGGCAGAGAAAAAAG